GGCUAUGGUGGAUGGGUGAGGGAGAUGGAGGAGGAAGAAGGGGUGAAGGUGGUUGGCUAUGGUGGAUGGGCGAAGGAGGUGGAGGAUGAAAAAGGUUUGAAGGAGGUUGACUAUGGUGGAUGUGUGAAGGAGGCGGAGGAGAAAAAAAAGGUGCAAUGGUGGUUGACUAUGCUGGAUGGGUGAAGGGAAUGGAGGAGGAAGAAGGAGCAGAGGUGGUUGGCCAUAGUGGAUGGGUGAAGGAGAUGGAGGAGGAAGUAGGUGUGAAGGUGGUUGACUAUAUUGGAUGGUUGAAGGAGAUGGAUGAGGAGAAGGGUGGUUGGCUAUAGUGGAUGGGUGAAGGAGGUGAUGGAGGAAGAAGGAGCGAAGGUGGUUGGCUAUGGUGGAUGGGUGAAGGAGGUGGAGGAAGGAAUGAAGGUUGAUGGCUAUGGUGGAUGGUUGAAUGGGGUGGAGGAGGAAGAAGGCGCGAAGGUGGUUGGCUAUGGUGGAUGGAUGAAGGAGGUGGAGGAGGAAGAAGGUGUGAAGGUGGUUGGCUAUGGUGGACGGGUGAAGGAGGUGGUUGGCUAUGGUGGAUGGGCAAAGGAGGUAGAGGAGGAAGAAGGUGUGAAGGAGGUUGGCUAUGGUGGGUGGGUGAAGGAGAUGGAGGAGGAAGGAGUGAAGGUGGUUGGCUAUGGUGGAUGGGUGAAGGGGGUGGAUGAGGAAGGAGUGAAAGUGGUUGGUCAUGGUGGAUGGGUAAAGAAGGUGGAGGAGGAAGAAGGUGUCAAGGUGGUUGGCUAUGGGGGAUGGGUGAAGGAGGUGGAGGAGGAAAAAAGAGUGAGGGUGGUUGCUAUAAUAGGUGGAUGAAGGAGGUGGAGAAGGAAGAAGGGGUGAGUUUGGUUGACUAUAGUGGAUAUGUGAAGCAGGUCGAG